AUGAAUGGGUUUGACGCCGCUCGACACCCCAGUGCACCUCUCCCUUUGCAUCAUCAAGUGCACCUCUCCUUUUGCAUCAUCAAGUGCACCUCUCCCUUUGCAUCAUCAAGUGCACCUCUCCCUUCGCAUCAUCAAGUGCACCUCUCCUUUCGCAUCAUCAAGUGCACCUCUCCCUUCGCAUCAUCACGGGCACCUCUCCCUUCACAUCAUCAUGUGCACCUCUCCCUUCGCAUCAUCACGUGCGCCUCUCCCUUUGCAUCAUCACAUGCACCUCUCCCUUUGCAUCAUCACGUUCACCUCUCCCUUCGCAUCAUCAAGUGCACCUCUCCCUUUGCAUCAUCAAGUGCACCUCUCCCUUCGCAUCAUCACGUGCACUCCUCCCUUAGCAUCAUCAAGUGCACCUCUCCCUUUGCAUCAUCACGUGCACCUCUCCCUUUGCAUCAUCAAGUGCACCUCUCCCUUCGCAUCAUCACGUGCACUCCUCCCUUUGCAUCAUCAAGUGCACCUCUCCCUUUGCAUCAUCAAGUGCACCUCUCCCUUCGCAUCAUCACGUGCACCUCUCCCUUCGCAUCAUUAAGUGCACCUCUCCCUUUGCAUCAUCACGUGCACCUCUUCCUUUGCAUCAUCAAGUGCACCUCUCCCUUCACAUCAUCAAGUGCACCUCUCCCUUUGCAUCAUCACGUGCACCUCUUCCUUGGCAUCAUCAAGUGCACCUCUCCCUUCGCAUCAUCACGUGCACCUCUCCCUUUGCAUCAUCACGGGCACCUCUCCCUUUGCAUCAUCAAGUGCACCUCUCCCUUCGCAUCAUCACGUGCACUCCUCCCUUUGCAUCAUCACGUGCACCUCUCCCUUUGCAUCAUCACAUUCACCUCUCCCUUCGCAUCAUCAAUUGCACCUCUCCCUUCGCAUCAUCACGUUCACCUCUCCCUUCGCAUCAUCAAGUGCACCUCUCCCUUUGCAUCAUCAAGUGCACCUCUCCCUUCGCAUCAUCACGUGCACUCCUCCCUUUGCAUCAUCAAGUGCACCUCUCCCUUUGCAUCAUCAAGUGCACCUCUCCCUUCGCAUCAUCACGUGCACCUCUCCCUUCGCAUCAUUAAGUGCACCUCUCCCUUUGCAUCAUCACGUGCACCUCUUCCUUUGCAUCAUCAAGUGCACCUCUCCAUUCACAUCAUCAAGUGCACCUCUCCCUUUGCAUCAUCACGUGCACCUCUUCCUUGGCAUCAUCAAGUGCACCUCUCCCUUCGCAUCAUCACGUGCACCUCUCCCUUCGCAUCAUCACGGGCACCUCUCCCUUCGCAUCAUCACGUGCACCUCUCCCUUCGCAUCAUCACGUGCACCUCUCCCUUCGCAUCAUCACGUGCACCUCUCCCUUUGCAUCAUCACAUUCACCUCUCCCUUUGCAUCAUCAAGUGCACCUCUCCCUUUGCAUCAUCACGUGCACCUCUCCCUUCGCAUCAUCAAGUGCACUCCUCCCUUUGCAUCAUCACGUGCACCUCUCCCUUCGCAUCAUCACGUGCACCUCUCCCUUUGCAUCAUCAAGUGCACCUCUCCUUUUGCAUCAUCAAGUGCACCUCUUCCUUUGCAUCAUCAAGUGCACCUCUCCCUUCGCAUCAUCACGUGCACCUCUCCCUUCGCAUCAUUAAGUGCACCUCUCCCUUCGCAUCAUCACGUGCACCUCUCCCUUCGCAUCAUCAAGUGCACUCCUCCCUUAGCAUCAUCACGUGCACCUCUCCCUUCGCAUCAUCACGUGCACCUCUCCCUUUGCAUCAUCAAGUGCACCUCUCCCUUUGCAUCAUCAAGUGCACCUCUUCCUUUGCAUCAUCAAGUGCACCUCUCCCUUCGCAUCAUCACGUGCACCUCUCCCUUCGCAUCAUUAAGUGCACCUCUCCCUUUGCAUCAUCACGUGCACCUCUUCCUUUGCAUCAUCAAGUGCACCUCUCCCUUUGCAUCAUCACGUGCACCUCUUCCUUUGCAUCAUCAAGUGCACCUCUCCCUUCGCAUCACCACGUGCAUGGCAUGGCAUGGCACCUCUCCUCGCCCUACAUCCUCCCUGCCCCCCGGGGCUGCGAUGGCACACCCACUCGUUUCCAUUCCCUCCUGGCCUCCUCCCUUAGUAGGUGGUGA